AUGUGUGCUGAAGAUGGAUAUCCACUUUAUAGGAGGAGGUUUGACCAUCAAAAAGUACAUGUUCGGAAGGCUACAUUGGAUAAUAGAUGGGUGGUUCCUUACAACCCAUAUCUUUUGACAAGGUACAAUUGCCAUAUCAAUGUGGAAAUAUGUUCUGGUAUAAAAGCAGUUAAAUACCUUUACAAAGUUGCCGUGUACAUAGCACACCCUGAUGGUGAGGCUAUGGUAGAUGAAAUUCAACUCUUUCAAGAUGCAAGAUGGGUUUCAGCUCAAGAAGCUAUCUGGAGAAUUUUCGAAUUCAAUCUUAAUGAGAUGUCCCCAGCAGUCAUCAAUUUGCAAGUGCAUCUCCCUGGGAAGCAAUGUGUGACUUAUUGGAAGAAUCAAAAUCUGAAAAACCUUCUCCAAUGGGACCACGUGUCGAAGACAAUGCUCACUGAAUUCUUUAAUUUCAAUCGAAGGAACCAAGAAAACAAGCGUUAUUUGUAUAAAGAAUUCCCAGAGCAUUAUGUUUGGGACAAAAAGGACCGAUGUUGGAACAAAAGGAAAAAAGGUGAGGUCAUUGGUAGAAUAAAUGGAGCAAAUCCAGCAGAAGGAGAGAGGUACUACUUAAGGUUAUUACUGAACCAUGUAAGAGGACCGCAAUCAUAUGGGGACCUGCUAACAGUGGAUGGAGUACGGUGUUCAACUUUUAAAGAAUCUGCUCAAAAAAGAGGCAUUUUGGAAUCAGACAAUAGCAUUUUUGAUUGCAUGAAUGAAGCUGUUGCUUUUAAGAUGCCACAUGCACUUCGCCGAUUGUUUGCUACUCUUUUGGUAUAUUGUCAACCAACAAAUGUGAGAAAAUUGUGGGAUAAUUACUUUCAACCAAUGGCUGAAGAUUAUAGAAGGAAUGGUUAG